AUGGAGGGCCAAAAAGAGAGUGGGCCGAAAACGGCCACAUUGCCGGUCCUCAUAAGCGCGUGGCGGCCGUGGAAAUAUACAGAUUUUAAAAUUGAAACUAUCCUUAUUCCACCCUUGGAGAGGUGGCCAGGUUGGCAUGUUCGAGUACAUGUAUUGACUUGGAAAGCCCAAUAUGCAGACUCGUUAUUCCAGUUAGUGGAUGCGGGGUUUGCAAUAUCAAGUAAUGGAGUUAAAGGUGGUAUUCUGCCAACUCUUACUCCAGAGCUGAGACACCUAUCAUCGUCGUCCAGUGAAGAUGAAAAGGCAGAAGACGUGGCCCAGGAAGGUAUUUGGGAAGGAGAUUAUGAUUGCUUGGUUCUUUCCGACGCAGGAGCGAGCGGUAUCGCUGAUUUAUCAGCCGGAUCUCGAAAACGGCCACCCAUCGAUCCUGUAUUUGGUGGUCGCGAGUGUCGAAGCGAUCUCUCGAGGCCAGAUUCAAACACAAAUUUGGUGACACAGAGAUCUCGCAUUCCCUUGUUACAUUACCACUUCCAUGUCCGAGGUAAUUCUAGCGAGGCAUGGCUUAUCACGGGGGUAUUCGCUAUUUGCUAG